CCCUGAGAGAAACUUCAUUUUUUUUUCUUAAGAGCCGCAUGGUUGUUGACUCGCUUGUUGCAGAUAGUUUUCUAGUUUUAAGUGUAAAAAUUGCAUAAUUUUAAUAAAAUUCUGGUGUGGAACCAAUGAAAUUCGGCUUUGAGCUGGACUUUGUUUGCCGGCAAGUUGUGCUGCUAUCUCGGCUGCUAUACAGUGCGAUGCGAUUUAUAAACCGGUGGAUAAGCAGAAUACGAUUUCCGAUUCGAAAAGCAAAAAUAUCCUGCAUCUCGCUGGAAACCUACACAGCACUGAAUCUUGGACGAUGAUGAAGGUCUGGAUGACGAGAAAGAAGGGCAUCUUGCAAAACGACGACAAUCUAUGACUAUUCGGAGUGCAUUCGACGGAUUCAUACGGUCAACGAGGCAGCCAAACGAAAAAGGAUACUGUUCCGCCAGGGGAUACGUCGAUAUGCGUACGGACUGCAGGAUAAACAGUAUCUGGAGGAGCAAAGUACCCCUUCUUCGAAACCACCGGAUCCUGUCGAACCCGCUCCAUAAGAGGAUGAUCCUGAUGCCAUUAUGUCCGCUAUUCCUUUAUCAAUGAUAAUACUUUUGGCAGCACACCACCAUCAGUCGAUACUUGCUGCUCCAGAAGUUUGAUCUCAGCGGUCGAGUCCGGCUGCGGAUCGAUCGAAUCAAGUUAUUGUUCGAUUGGGUUUUGGUAAGUUUUUGGAGAAGCUGAGAAAACAGCUGUUUCAUGUUUAAUUAUUUUUUAAGCAAAUUGUUAUCAUUCUUCUUCUUGGCGUAACGUCCCAACUGGGACAAUGCCUGCUUCUCAGCUUCUAUGUUCUAUGAGCAUGCAAAGCUCCCUCUGCCAAUGACCACAUUUUUGCAUGUGUAUAUCGUGUGCCAGGCACGACGAUAUUCUGCCCAAGGAAGUCAAUGAAAUUUCCUUUACGAAAAGUUCCUAGAUCGAACGGGAAUCAAAUCCGUCACCCUCAGCAUGGUCUCGCUGAACACCCGCAUCGACCAUAUGAUCCCAACAGCAAAUUUAGUUGGCCACCCCUCCCCUUCCAGGAGAUUGAGUCCAACGGAUAGUUUAUAGUACUAGCCUGAACCCAAUCUUCCAGGGGAGAGAUAUCAACAUAAGGCGAUAGCUAAUGGUACCAAUAGAUAGUACUCAUGUACGGUCCCCCCUUUUAUUUUGAAGAAGUUCUUCUUCUUGGCGUUACAUCCCAACUGGAACAGAGCCAGCUUCUCUGCUGUUUUGCCAAUGACCAUGUUCCUUCUGUAGGUCGUGUGGCAGGUAUUAUUAUAUGAUGGUGCUAAAGGAAGUCAAGGAUAUUCCGUAACGAAAAGAUCCUGGACCGUCCGAUAAUCAAAUCCGUCACCCGCAGCAUCGUUUUGCUGAAUAUCCGACAAGGCUACCUAUAUAGGUAUGCCAAGUUUUCGAAAGUGUACUUUGAAUCAAUGAGUUUUACGGCUAUCGUGUACAAUUCCAUGAAUGUGUCCUUAAACUUAAUGCCCUUUACCGGAUUGCUACCGGACUGGUAUUUCUGUUGAUACUACUAGUUGAUAUGUAUAGGAACUCCCGUGGCAAUUGCCACGUUAUAGCCAUCAUUAUUAACAUCAACUGCUUUCGAUAAAUGAUUGAGGAUUUACAAAAAAACAUCUCAAUAUUUUACGAGAAGGUACUGACUUCUAAGAAUGAUAGAGGACAUUUUUAAUAACAUUUAGAAUGUUGAUUGAUUGAUUGAUUUGUCUUUAUUAGAGAGACUUUCAGCCCUUGGCUGGUUCGUCUCUAGAACAUUUAGAAUGUUAUUAAUAUUAUUACUAUUUGUUAACGGAACUUCACCAUUAUUGUAGCAUGCGUGUCAAAUUUAGAAUGUAUCCAAGGAAUUUUUGAUAAUCUUUGCGAAUUUUCAAAAAUCAUUUAAAACAUUUGGGAUGUAUCACAGGUAAUUCGGAUUCCUAUAAAUGAUUAAGAAUAUUUUCUAUAGUUUUUAGAAUACAUCCCAGAUGUCUGGAAAUUUGGAGUCUUUAGAGAUUCUCACGAAUUAUUUAAAUAUACUCCAUGAUGCUACGGAAUCCUAUAAUUUCUGAUAAUUUUUAAGGAUUCUCAGGAAUUAUUUUAAUAUUAUUACUGAUGCUACGGAUUCCUAAUAAAGGAUUGAGAUUUUUUUCUAUACUUUUUAAAAUAUUUUCCAGAUUACUGAAAAUUUCUGACAAUCUUGGAGGAUUCUCAGGAAUUAUUUAAAUAUAUUAUUUACUGAUGCUACGGAUUCCUAUAAAAGAUUGAGAAUCAUUUCUAUACUUUUUAAAGAAUUUUUCAGAUCACUCAACGUUUUUGAGAAUGUCUCAGGAAUUAUUUCAAUAUAGGUAAAUUUAUUUGAAACUAACCCAAAGAGAGUGCCACCUAUCGGUAAAAAAAGCAACUACGAAAUAAGUGAUCGCAACCAAAACAUUGGCUGGUGGUUCAGGACCAAGUGGAAAUUUUCAUCAAUUUUUUGGUAAUAUUACUGAAAAUAUAUUCUAUCACUAUGGAACAACCAGCUUCCGGAUGCUCGAGUAUGGAAAAGGUAUCUGUCUCACUUGGACAGGUACUUGAUUACGUCGGAGACUCAGUGCGACCGUUGCGGGAAGGUCAGAAUGUGUUUGACUCUGGCCACAUCGUUUGCAUUGGAUUCAAUCAGAAAACUCCCGAUUAUCUGCGCUUGGCUGCGUAUGUUUUGCAGAGUUCCCACCCGUCAGAUAUUCCACACGAACUAGAACUGAAGAUCGGAACGGAUUACCGUAAAUGGUUGCUAAAGUGCUCUUGCAAGGCAGGAACUGCGCGCUGCAAGCACAUUGUUGCAUGCCUCUUGCACCUGUGCCAAUUCAGAUUCGUGGAGUACAUGACUUGCACCGACUCUCGUCAAGCUUGGGGUCGGAGUAAAGCGGAGAUUACACAGUGGCGCGCCAAACCCGUGUUGCAAUUGUGUUGUGUUCGGAAACACCCACCCGUUUGUUCUUCAGAGGCACCCAAUAAACGAGAACUGCUGCAACAGGAAUUCAACAGAAUUUUACGAGCUUCUCCAAAUUCAGCAAUCCAGAAACAUAUUACCGGGAGAGAACUGAGUGUGCCAUUGCCCAUAGCAGGACCAUUGAAUCAACCUGACGUUAACGUAUAUGUAACCAGGAAUGAGCUGUACGAAUUGAUGAUGAGUGUUGAGCAAAUCUCAAACAUUGCGGAGUUUGAUACUGAUAGUAUUAAACACUUUUAUGAAAAAACUGUUGAGAAAGACGAUCAAACAAUCCUGGAUAUAGCAGAAGAGACCAAAGAUCAGCGAAACGAUGCUUGGUAUUUACAUCGCUCAAUUAGGAUAACGGCAAGUUCAUGUUAUGAUCUCUUUACAUACACUCGUAAUAAGAAUGCGGAUUGGGAUAGGAAGAUUCAGCAGUAUUUGAAUCCCAAAUUGAUACGAUCCAAAGCACUAGACUAUGGGAAGCAAACUGAACAAUUGGCCCUUGACUGUUACAUGGCAAAACGAAAUCCAUUAGUUAAGAAAUCUGGAUUUGUUGUAUGUUUGAAGGAACCAUGGAUCGGAGUUAGUCCUGACGGUAUCGAUGCUUCAUGUAAUCUUUUAAUUGAAAUUAAAUGUCCAGUAUCAGGAGAAGAACAUGAUUUGCAGUGGAUACUAGAUAAUUGUAAAGCAACUAAUGUUUAUCUUAAGAAACAGGAAUCUUCUCUUUCUUUGAAUAAAAAUCACAAAUAUUACGCACAAGUACAACUGAGUAUGUAUGUCUUGGGGUGUAAUAUGUGUGAUUUCAUUGUAUAUUCCAAACUCGCGAACGAUUUCUUAGUUGUAGAGAUACAGUUCAAUGAAGAAUAUGUAAGAAGCCUAAUAGGUGCGUUAAAACUGGUAUAUUUCCAAUUUAUGUUGCCUCAAAUCGUUAAAAAACAUCAGGGUGAUUCAGUGUAGUUUAAUCUUUUUAUUGCUGUUUUCGAUUACAUAUCAAAUAAAAGAAUGAUUGAAAAGUUUGAGCUGAAA